CUUAUUGGUGCUUAUUGUGCAAUAUGGUGCAUGCGCAGAUGUAUCGAAAUUGUUUUGUUUACAUUGUGGUUAACUGAGUUUAUAUUGGUGAUAAUUAUGAUAAGAAUUGAUCAAAAUCCUUAUUAAAUUGAUGAUAACAUGCGGUAUACUUAAGUAAGGUUUUGCUUAAUAACCAAUAGGAUUUUCGAGAAUUUAAUCGAUUUGUCAUGUUAAAUAUUUUCGUAUGCAGUCAUGUACUAUGUGAAGUGAAUCAUUGAGUUACGCCAAGUUACGCCCAAAGUGCAGAUACGUUUUUUAAAAAUAGUCGUUCGGUGGCUUUAACCGCCACCUCAACAUUCGCUACAAUUCCGCUACGUCAGCUGUUUAAAGAUCAAUAACCCUUAAAUAUGGCUUACCAAGAUAAUGGACAAUAUCCUACUCAUCAAAAUCCAGGUUAUCCACCUGCUCCACCUCAAGGAACAGCCCCACCAGGAUAUGAUUAUAAUCCAGGUUAUCCACCAUCUCAAGGUGGUUAUCCUCCUCCUCAAGGAGGUUAUCCAGGAGGUUAUCCUCCUCCUCAAGGCGGUUAUCCACUUCCACAAGGGGGGUAUCCACCACCACAAGGAGGGUUUCCACCUCAAGGGGGUUAUCCACCACCAGGACCUGGAGGUUAUCCACCACCAGGUGCACCAAUAAUGAAUCAACCAAUGGGAGGAAUGGCACCAACUGGUGGUUGGAUGAAUAUGCCUCAAGGACCUCCCAAUUGCCCACCAGGAUUGGAAUACCUUACAUUGAUUGAUCAAUUAAUAGUCAAACAAAAAAUCGAAAUUUUAGAAGUUAUCACCGGUUACGAAUCAAAAAAUAAAUUCUCUAUAAGAAACAGUUUAGGGCAAAAAGUAUAUUAUGCUGUUGAAGACAACGAUUGUUGCACAAGAAACUGCUGUGGGCCAUUACGUCCGUUUGAUAUGAAAAUUUUAGAUAAUUAUGGUCAUGAAGUUAUCCAUCUUCAUAGACCUUUAGCAUGUGAUUCAUGUUUAUUUCCAUGUUGUUUACAGAGUAUGGAAGUUUCAUCACCACCAGGAAACGUGGUUGGUUCAGUCGAACAAGAAUGGACACUUUGUUGUCCGUCGUUUAAAGUAAACAAUUCAAGUGGUGAAACCGUUUUGCGCAUAGAAGGUCCUUUUUGCACAAUGAGCAUUUGUGGCGACGUUGAAUUUAAGGUUAUGUCUGCUGAUGGGGGCACUCAAGUCGGGAAAAUCUCCAAACAAUGGUCGGGAUUAAUUCGAGAAGCGUACACGGAUUCGGACAACUUUGGAAUCACUUUUCCCAUGGACUUGGACGUUCGUAUGAAAGCUGUAAUGCUUGGCGCGUGCUUCCUUAUUGAUGCUAUGUUCUUCGAAAAAAAUAGCGAAGGGAUGCUUCAUUAAAACAAAUAUUUUUUGACGACACAAUAAGCACAAAUGUAUUGUUUUUAAAACGCCUCUUAUUAUUUCUUUGUUAAAUGUUUUUAAGCGUAUAUUCUAUAUACAACGUUUUCUAAUAUAUAUAUAUAAUAUACAAUGACAUCAUUUUAUGGCUAAAGUACAUAACAAAUAUAUUUAUAAUACCAAUAAA